AGAGACACCUCUUCCCACUUUCUCCAUCUCUCUUUCUUCUGUUCAACGUUUCAUUCAUUCACCUACCACCUUUCUUCACUCACAAAGCAAUCCAAGAUCCUCCAAUGGCAACCAAGCUUUACAUUGUUUUCUACUCCACUUAUGGACAUGUUGAGAAGCUGGCACAUGAAAUCAAGAAAGGAGCUGACUCUGUUGAAGGAGUUGAGGCCAAGCUAUUUCAGGUUCCAGAAACGCUUUCUGAUGAGAUUCUUGGAAAGCUGGGUGCACCAGCGAAGAGCGAUGUGCCAAUCAUAUCCCCCAACGACCUUCCUGAAGCCGAUGGGUUCAUCUUCGGGUUCCCAACGCGAUUUGGGAUGAUGUCUGCUCAGUUCAAAGCGUUUCUCGAUGCAACUGGAGGCCUAUGGAGAACCCAGGCACUAGCAGGCAAGCCCGCAGGCCUGUUCUACAGCACUGGAUCCCAGGGCGGUGGCCAAGAGACAACCGCGUUGACAGCAAUCACUCAGCUGGUCCACCACGGGAUGAUCUUUGUGCCCAUCGGCUACUCCUUUGGAGCUGGCAUGUUCGAGAUGGAGAAGGUUAAGGGAGGAAGCCCUUAUGGCGCUGGAACGUACGCUGGAGAUGGGUCCCGACAACCAUCCCAGCUCGAGCUGGAACAGGCGUUCCACCAGGGGAAAUACAUUGCUGCCAUUACAAAGAAGCUUAAAGCUGGAUCUGCCUGAUUAAUCUCUCUGCAAUUCUCUAUACACCUUGCACUGUUCAGAAAUUGGAGUCAUACCCCUUUAAUUUCUUUCAUAGACAUCUUCAUUUGAAAUAAACUAGUGUAGUGCCUUUGCCAUAUUACAGAAUAUACUUCUGUUUUCCUUUGUUGUUGGGGGGUUUUUAAUUUCAUAAUGCAAUACAGUAUAUAAUUGAUAUUUAUGAGUUCAGUAUAAUCUGUCUUUGGAAACCUCAA